AUGGGCAUGGAAUUUGAGAGUGAAGAAGAUGCUUAUAAUUUUUACUUAGCAUAUGCAAAGGAAGUUGGUUUUGGAAUCAAAAGAAGUAGCUUCCACAAAGAUAGUAAUGGUAAGCUCAUGGAUAGGGUCUUUUGUUGUAGUGCUGAAGGAAAACGAGAAAAGGAUAAAAGAGAUCUCAAUGUAAGAGCCCCUCGUCCUGAAACACGAUUUAAUUGUUCGGCGAAGAUGAAGGUUAACAGUAGACAAACUGGUAAGUUUCGUAUAUGUCAGUUGAUCAUUGAGCAUAAUCACUAUCUUUCAAGUCCCAACAAAAGUCAUUUACACAGAUCACAUAGAAAGAUAAAUUCUAUUCAUGCAGCUGAAAUUGAUAUGGCAUACCAUGUGGGUAUAGCACCAAAAGUUUCUCAUGAACUUAUGGCACUACAAGUAGGAGGACGGGAGAACUUAGGUUUCAUUCCUGAGGAUUAUAGGAAUUAUUUACGUUCUAAACGAACAAUACAAAUGGAAGUUGGAGAUACAGGAGGCGUACUUGAAUAUUUGCAAAAAAUGCAAUUAGAGGAUCCUAAUUUCUUCUAUGCAAUUCAAGUGGAUCAGGAUGAUUUGAUUACAAAUAUUUUUUGGACUGACGGAUUAAUAAGAGCAGAUUAUGCAAGUUUUGGAGAUGUUGUUUGUUUUGACACGACGUAUAGAAAGAAUAAUGAAGGCCGUCCAUUUGCAUUAUUUGUUGGAGUGAAUAAUCAUAAACAGACUGCAAUAUUUGGGGCUGCUUUAUUAUAUGAUGAAACUGCUUCAACAUUUGAGUGGUUGUUUGACACUUUUGCGAGAGCAAUGUCAGGAAAAAAACCAAAUACUAUACUUACGGAUCAGGACGCAGCAAUGGCUAAAGGACUAAUUUCUACAUGGCCUGAAACACGUCACCGUCUUUGCAUAUGGCAUAUAUUUCAAAAUGCAGCUAUUCAUCUCAGUCAUGUGUUCGAAAGUUUUAAACAAUUUGCAAAUGAUUUCAGUAAAUGUGUAUAUGAUUUUGAUGAAGAAGAAGACUUUAUAUCUGAAUGGAAUACUAUGUUGAAGAAGUAUGGUCUUGAAGACAAUGAUUGGUUAAAACGUAUGUUUGAGAUUAAAGAAAAAUGGGCAUUGGUGUAUGGAAGGGAAACAUUUUGUGCAGAUAUGACAACAACUCAAAGGAGCGAAAGCAUGAAUAGUGUGAUAAAAAGGUAUGUAACCUACAAGAAUAAAUUUCAUGAGUUUUUCAAUCAUUUCGGGAGGUUAGUUGAUGAUCGUAGAUAUAAAGAACUUAAAACUGACUUUAGAGCAUAUAUGAGUACUCCAGUACUACCAUUCGAUGUUGAUGUUUUGAAACAAGCUGCAAGUGUUUAUACUCCUGAAGUAUUCAAAUGGUUUGAAAUUGAGUGGGGUAAAUCUUAUGAUUGUGGUAUAAUCACCUACAGUGAGGUUGGAACAGUGAUAGAAUAUAAGAUCACUCCUAAAGGCAGAAAAAACUAUCAUAUGGUUAGAUUUGAUUCAAUAGGUGAUCAGAUUUCAUGUAGUUGCAAGAAGUUUGAAUUCUCUGGGAUUUUAUGCUCUCAUUCUCUGAAAGUUCUUAAUAUAAGAAAUAUCAUGAAGAUCCCUAGUCAAUACAUAAUAAAGAGAUGGACCAAUAAAGCAAAAGCUGGAUAUGUUAAAGACCACAAUUGUUGCAAUAUCAAUAAUGAUUUGGAUCCGAAAGUGCUUUUUACGAAGCGUUACAGAGAUUUGUGUAGACUAUAUACUCAAUUGGUCACAAAAGCUGCUCAAACAGAAGAAACUUAUAAAAUUGCUAAAGAAGGCCUUUUGAAAAUAUUGGAUUUGGUUGAUGCAAGGUUACAUCAAGAGGGGUCGAGCAAUGAGAUGUCAAAUGCAACAAAAGUUUCCAACCCCACAAAUAACACUACUAAUGCAAGUGGUAUCAAUAUCAAGGCCUAUAGGAGAUACUAUAAAUAUUGUAUCUACGAGGUGCAGUAUGCAACAGCAUGGAUUACAAGAGGCAAAUACAAAUGA